AUGAGCCGCCGCAUCAAGGCCCAUCUUCCCCAUGCCGGCGCCCAUUUCGGGGCCCAAGCCCAAGCCGAUGCUCGCACAGAGCUUGCCCCCGAGGUUGGGGCCAUGCCUGCUACCGAGGCCGACUCCCUCAGCGAAGGGGAUCUCAGACUGGCAAAAGGAUCCGAACCUGAUGAACAGCGUCCCGACGGAUCAAAUCUGGCGGCUGGCGGAAACAACAUGGGUUUCCCCUUCUUUGAAAAUAGCAGCCCCCAGUCCAGCGGGUCCGGGGGCCCCGGCGGCGGCGUUAGACUGACUGGAAACGCCUCGUCCAUUUACGGAUUCGACAUCUUGAACCCUAGUGGUGGUAGCCGCAUCGUCCCUUACCCUAGCCAGGACGACUACAACCCCUACGGCCAGCGCGACCAAGAGGCCCCGUCCAUGUCCGGACGCAGCGCGGGCAGCAUCCCCGACGCCAAUCGCUUCCAGGCUCGCCUGGGCUACUUCACCUCGUACAUGGGUCCUGAGGCCUUCCUCGACUGGGACAUCAACGAAGAGUCCUCCUCCGGCGAAGUCGAAUCCGCGUCCGACCCCGAGCCCAACCCCAACCCCAACCCCGGGCCCGCGCGAUCCCAGCAGGGCCACAUCCGCGUCACCCGCUCAGAGACCAAGGCCCUCAUCAAGCUCGCGAUGGGCCGCACGUCGCAAGUCAUCUUCCGCGACAACACCGGCGCGCCCCUGCUCAUGUGGGACUUUGCAGACCAUUCUUGGCAGUUUUAUCCCGCGCUCACUCUCGCGGACGACAUCCUCAAGUCGGAGAGCCGCUACGACUCCUCCGAGAUUGAAAGUGCCGACGCUGCCAUCAACGACGAUGACGACAAUGACGAGGAGGACGACAACGACAACGAGUCGGUGUCCUCUUCACAACGCGAGGCCGUCGCUCGCGUCAGCGCCUUUGCUGCUUCGGUUUUCCACGCCAUCCAAAUGGAGCAGGAGCAACCCGCGGAGGGCGAUCGCGAAAGCUCGGUGGCUCGGUCUGAGUGCUCCAGUGACGAGGUGGAGAUCUUGGGCUUCACCUCGCGCCGCCGGCGCUAA